AUGCCUUUCGGAAUAUUGGAAGACCAUAAGAUGGAGGUGGUGCCGGGGACGGCGUUGAUGAACGACCAGUCGGACUUGCCCCCCGAGCUCCAGGAUAUACCAGCAGACCACCUCAAACAUGGAAAAGGGAAGCACUCGCACAUCCUGCUUGUACCGCAGCCGUCGGACUCGCCGAAUGAUCCGUUGAAUUGGCCGCUUUGGAAGAAAGAUGUAAUUCUGCUCAUCGUCGGCUUCGCGGCAGCUGUUGUUGGCGCAUAUGGUCCAAUGCUGGGCCCCGGCUUCGUUCCCAUUUCGAAGCAGCUCGGAAUAUCCGUGAACACGCUCUCUCAAUCGACAGCAUGGCUCAUCUUGACUCUCGGUCUCUGUGUGUUCCUCAUCAAUCCGGUUGCGAAAGCAUACGGGAAGCGACCAGUUUACAUCGGAGCCAUCAUAAUUCUUUUCAUUGUCAGCAUCUGGGGAGCGGUUGCAGACAACUACAGUUCUUUCCUUGGAAGCCGUAUCAUCGGCGGAAUCGGGAUGGCGCCGUACGAAGUCCUGGUUCAGGCCACCAUAUCCGACAUCUACUUCGUCCACGAGCGCGCCACCCGGCUGGCCGUCUGGAACCUGUUCCUCCUCUGCGGCAUCGCUGGCGCUUCUUUCAUCUCCGGGUACAUCAUCGAAGACCUUGGCUACAAGUGGACGUUCGGCAUAUGCGCGAUCCUCUUCGGCAUCAGCAUGUUUGCCAUCGUCUUCUUCGUCCCCGAGACAUCGUACGUCCGCGACAGCGUCCCGAGCAACCUCGUAGGCGAAAAGGGAAGUGACGGAGAGUCUGGCCACGUCAAGGAAGGCCGAGCGGUGCACAUCGAACACGUGCUUCAUGCGGGCGCGGACGAGCCAAAGUUGACCUACUGGCAAUCGAUGAGGCCGUGGACGGGGAAAAAGUACUCGAAUGCCCCGAUGUGGAAGAUCAUGGCACGGCCGUUCGUCAUGUUCUUCUAUCCGGCGGUUCUAUGGGGCUUUCUCAUCUACGGAACCACCCUCACCUGGAUCGUCGUCUUCUCGGUCGUCAACGGCGUCAUCUUCGUCGAGCCGCCGUACAACUUCACCGUCGCGCAGACCGGCCUGACGGGGCUCUCGCCAUUCGUCCUGACCAUCAUCUCCGAAGUCAUCUCGGGCCCGCUCAACGACUGGAUCUGCAUCAAGCUCACGAAGAAGAACCACGGCAUGUACGAGCCAGAGUUCCGGCUGGUGCUGAUGAUCGUGACGGUGAUCCUGGGGACGGUUGGGUUCUUCGGGUUCGGGCUGACGGUGCACAACGUGACGCACUGGAUGGGACCGGUCAUGACUUACGGGCUCGCCAACGCAGCGCUGGCAUUCGCGGCCGUCUCGGUGUUCGGCUACGUCAUUGACUCGUACCCGAACCUCGCGGAGGAGGCAUUCGUGGCCAUCAACGCUCGCAAUCUGUUGACGUUCGGGCUGACGUACUUUGUGAACGACUGGCUGGCAAAGGACGGGCCGCUGAAGGUGUUUAACACGCUGGGGGCAGCGUUCUUGGCGGUCUGCGCGCUGACGAUCCCGCUGUGGGUCUUUGGGAAGAAGAUCAGGAGCUUCAUUGCGCGGCAGGACUGGCUGGUGAGGUUUAUGUCGGAUCUGGAGUAG